AUGACGAUCGAACAGUUUCGAGAUUGUUUUGUGGGUGAAAAAGGCUAUGAAGCCUUGAAAAAACUAAUGAAAAGCGGUAAUGAAUUAUGUACAGAUACUGCAAAAUGUUGGCAAGAACGUUACGACAUCGAAAUCGCUUAUGCCAAAGGUCUUCGUAAGAACAGUGAAACAUUUCAAAAGCUUGCUGGUCGAGCAAAAGGAUCUUUAGUACAAGCAUUUACAACUCUUGCGACACAAACAAAUAUUGAAAGUGAAGCACAUAAUAUAAUAGCUAAUAUAUUACUUAAUAAAAUAUCUAUUCCAAUGAAAAAUCUUGCUGAUACACAACUUAAAGCAAGAAAACCAAUUGAAGAUGCAUUAAAUGGAAAAUUUAAAGCAUGGAAAGAUAAAAAAGAAAUCGAUACUAAAUAUCGUCAACGUCAAUUUGACAAUUGCAAAGAAAUUGAAUCAUUAUAUCUUAAAAUGGAUGAAACUCCAAAAACAACAAAAAAUUCUGUCAAAGAAGUUAGCAAGAUUGAAAUGUCAUUACGAAAAGCAGAACAAGAAUUAGAGAAAACAGAAAAAAAAUAUCAUGAAUCAACAAAAGAUGUUGAAUUAGCAAGACAAUCAUGUGAUGCUGAAAUGUGUAAAAGUUGUGAUCAAAUGCAAACUAUGGAACUUGAUCGAAUUAAUGAAAUGGAAAAAUUUAUUCAAACAUAUACUAAUUCAAUACAAAAACUUAGUGAAACGAUGAAUCAAGUAACACAAGAAUUAUAUUCUAUCCGAAUAACACCACAAGAUGAUAUUAUUACUGAAGGUAAACUUAAUGUACAAACAACUGAAACAGAAAUUUUACUAUAUGAUAUUUAUGCUGAAAAUGACCAUAAUGCAAUGAGUCAAGAACGACGAAUAUUAAGUCUUAUGCAUUGGAUACAAAUGUUAAAACAAGAUAUUGAAGUACAACGUCGAUCAAAAGAUGGUAUUGAAAAUUUACAAGGAUUUUGUAAACAAAAUGAAAAAUUUUCAACAAGUGUUAAUCCGAGUGAAAUAUUUGUUAAUCGUGAAAGUGUUCGUCUUCUACAAUGUCUUUAUGAAGGAAGUUUAUAUAAAAUAGAAUUAAUUUAUAAUCAAAUUAAACAUUUACCAGAACCACGAUAUGAACAUUCACAACGUUUUGCCAAAAGUUAUACGGAUAAAGGAAUUCCAACAACCUUCCUUCGAAUUCCAUUUCAACCAUUAAGUCAAAAUCCUCCAUCUACUAUGGGUUAUCUUGCACGGACAAUGCCAAUAGUUGCCGCACCAGCUAUGAUGCAACAACCUGCACCACCACCGCCAUAUUCAACUCAUAAACCAGCACCAAUAGGUUGGGCAAUUAAUGAAGCUCCGAAUGAUCAUCCAACACAAGAUAAUCGAUCAGCAGCACCUACACCACCUUAUCCAGUUCUUCCGAAUGUAAUGACAGCAUCAACAGAUUCUUAUCGACAACAACAAGCAGUUAAACAUGUUAAAGUAUUGCAUGCUUAUGAUGCACGACAUGAUGAUGAAUUAACUAUACGACCAGGUGAUAUUAUUGUAUUAAUUGAACGUCGUUCUGAUAAUUGGUUUAAAGGCAAUUUGCAUGGAAAUAUUGGCUUAUUUCCAGGCAAUUUUGUACAAGAAUUAUAA